UUCCUCCACCUACAAUAAUUAACCAGCUGCUGCAUUUUGACACCUGAGAUCCUGGUAUACCACAAAUGCUGCACUCUGGACCUAUCAACAAACACACACACACACAGAGUUGAAAACGUCAAACAUGAAUAAAGUCAUAUUGAACCAUUGGGAGAGUGAAUUGCUAGCCAGUUGAUGCUAUCAGAGAUGAAUGAGGCAGGUCUUCUUCCACUGGUCCAGGCAGGAGAUGGGAGGACUCUUUCCAGAGCAGAAUUUCUCUCAUUGAUAAACACCUACAACUGCUUCCUCAAGGACCAGACUCAACUGCAUCUCAGUUACUUCCAGGGUGACGAUGGGGAAGUGGUCGUGGAAGGCUUCCUAAAUAUCUGCUGGGGAGUCCGAAGACCCAUUCGGCUAAAGAUACAGGAUGAGAAACAGAUGAUUCCUUUUGCUCCCCUGAUCUCAUCUGACCCAAUCAGCCCACUUGGAAACAGGAGGGGCAUGUCACGAUGGGGUGAGUGUAACGACCUGCAUCAGAUAGAUGAGAUGGCUGGCACAGCACAUGAAACAGUGGUGAAAAAUCCUCCACCAGGGGCUGUUUAUGAGACCACAACACUGCGUCCUUUGAGGCAGAAAAGCUACGAGCUGGAGUCUGAGUCUAACCUGUUCCGCUGUAUGAGUGAUGCAUCCCUGGUCAAGAGGAGGAGUCGGCGAGGCAAGUCAGCGGCACAAAGAGAGAGAGAGCGACAGCACCGCUUUUCGAUCAAUGGACACUUCUACAACUAUAAGACAUCUAUCUUCACUCCCUGCUUUGGCACAGCAACCAAAGUCCGCAUUACUAGCAGCAUGACCACAAACCAAGUCAUUGUACAGCUGCUAAACAAAUUCAAGAUAGAGAAUGACCCCCAGGAGUUUGCACUAUACUGUGUUCACCAGAGCGGUGAAAAGAAGAAGAUGAACAACAGAGACCAGCCGCUGUGGGAGCGCAUCCUGCAGGGGCCGUCUGAAGACACCAUGAAAAUAUUCUUGAUGGACAUGGAUGAAGUGGAAGUCAGCAAUGAUGUGGCCCAGUAUCUUAAUUUGGAGCUUCCCAUCUUGGAGCAGGUUCUACUGAAUUUGAGAGAAGAGGAGAACAGAGAGAUACAAAUGGUUAUAAGCAAGCACCAGAACCAUCACAGAGUCCUGUCUCGUAUGUUGAGCUGCAAGAAUUCACCUCACAUUGAGACCAGUGUCUGACAAGACGGAACACACAGAGAACACAGUGUACAAAGUUGGAAAUAUGACAAAAUAGAAAAAAGGGAAAUAAAACAACAGGGAAACAGCAAUAAUGGUGUUAUAUGUGGGGGGGGAGAACGAGAGAGAGAGAGAGAGAGCACUGUCACCUUGUGUGUCUGGCAGCGAAGACGUCAUACGGACUUACCAGACAACUUCUAACGAUGUGCCAUUUUAACAGAUUUCUUUCUUUUUAGACACAAUGAGAAUACAUUUCCUCUGCACCAAGGAGUCACAUUUACACACGAUGUCUUGAAAGGAACAAUGAUUACGUGAUUAUUUUGUUUGCCACCGAUGAGUCAGUCCAUUUCUUAGAUGCAGAAGAUUUAGAAUGGUGUAUAUUUCUCUCUCUCUGCACUUAUUGUACCUUUAAUGUGUUGCAUGAAGUAAAGCAAAUUGCUGUACCCCAAAAGGAUGGACUCAUUCUACAUUUUUACAUUAACAUUCAAUUAAAUAAAGCACAAUUACCACAUACAAAAAAAAACAUGGUUUUAAGUUUAAAUUGGUCUCUUUUCCAGGCGGCACAGUGGUCGACAGGUUAGCCCAUCUGCCUCACUGUUCUGAGGACGCGGUUUCAAAUCCAGCCUCGUCUGUGUGGAGUUAGCAUGUUCUCCCCGUGCCUGCGUGGGUUUUAUCUGGGUACUCCGGUUUCCUCCCACAUCCCAAAAACAUGCAUGGUGGAUUAAUUGAAGACUCUAAAUUACCCGUAAGUGUGAGUGUGAAUGUUGUUUGUUUAUAUGUGCCCUGCGAUUGGCUGGCGAUCAGUUCAGGGUGUACCCCGCCUGUUGCCCGAAGUCAGCUGGUACAGAAAAUGGAUGGAUGGUAUAUUUUCCAACAAAAUGAGCUACCGCAGCAAUUUCUAUAAAGUUAGGGAAGCGAUAUUUACACAUAACUUUUGCUACAACUAUAAUUGAAAAGGGUCAAACUGUCAUAAUUAAUUCAUUUCAUUCGAAAUAAUGCUAAAAUCUCAUCAGAACAGUCUUGUCAGUAUGAGCUCAAGCUCAAAAAGCUUUUGUGGUUUGUUUCCAAAUAGGUUUGGAAAAAUCAUUGUUGUAUGUAAAAUGUAAUGUGCCAUUUUUUGCAUAAGAAAUGAAAGACGAGACAACUAAUCACACACUUCCGUUGACUCAUCAAGCACACACUUUAUUGGUCUGUUGUGUCAUCGUAGGUUGCUCAUUACGAAUGCAACACUUUCAGUCAUUAUACCAAAAUGUAAGAAAAAUGCAAAAGAUUUACGCUUGAAUGGUGGGCACAGGCCUCUUGCACUUUUGCAUCUGCAGCUCAUGUUUGUUGUUGCGGGGGUUGAACAUCACCUCAAAGUGACACUUGAGAUGCUGCAAAGGAGGAAGCAAAAAGAACUGGAUUUUCUGUGCAAAUGGUAAAUCAUCUAUUAAAGUUGUUUUCUUUCCUCAUGACGUUCUACUUUCCUUUUUGUAUUUGUGUUGUACUUUAUUCAGGAUAUUUUUGGGAAAGACCAAUAUGAAUCAUGUAGAUUUAAAUUUAAUUUUAAAAAAUCCUACCUUUA